AUGACCAUGACCAUGGACACAUCACAGCAGCGUUUCGGGUCCGCCCUAAAUAUGGAGUAUCACCAGCACCCUCAGCCUCCGACCUUUUCAAACCCUUGGACCUCGUCAUCGUCGCCCCCGCAGCCCGCCUCCAACGGUGCGAUGUUCGUCGGUGGCCCUCACCAGCAACCUCCUCUCAACCCGAGCCUCAUCACCGGCAAGCCCCACGACGGUCGCACCGGCAGCAGCGGCGGCGGCGGCGGCGGCGGAGCGCCUUCUCUCCCUCCCUACGGUUCUAUCCCCGUGACCUCAUCCGCCGACAUGAUGAGCCUGAACCGCAUGCCGCCCACGUCGGCGCCCUACGGAGAAUCGCCCUACACGAGCACGGCGUCGCCCGUCGGCGGCCAGUUCGCAACGUCGGGUGCCUCGUACGACCCCAUGGGUUUUGCUCCGCCGGCGGUCCGACCUCCGUUUGGCAUGGUCGGCGAAGCUGAGCGAUCCGCGAAAUACUCUUCACCGUCGGUCCCCUACCCCCUCUCCGCGUGCUCGGCACAAGACUGGGAAGAAGACGGAUGUGCUGACACUGUACGACGGCAAAGACACCUCCAGCAGCAGCAGCAGCAGCAGCAGCAGCAGCACCAGCAGCACCAGCAGCAGCACGACCAUGAGCGGAGAGGCUUUGCCGAUGCUCUCGACGCCAGCCACGGAAUGCUCGCCAUGAGCCAGGAGACACCUAGGAACAUAUACGGCACGCGCAAUGACCGGUCAUCGAUCGACUCGUACGGCUUCCCGUCGACGCACUCGACCAGCUCAUCCAUCUCGUCGGGCGGCAACUUCAGCUCGUACUACGGCGGCGAUUCGGUCUCGGACUACUCGACGGCCGGGUCCGAUAUCGAGUCGGUCAACUCGAGGACGCUCCCCCGUCCGCACGGGUUGAUGGUGUCGCAGAUGCCGCCAGCCCCGCAGUCGAUGAUGGGCCAGUUCAGCUCCAAGGUGUCGUCUAGCACGCAGAAGAAGCACAAGUGCAAGGUGUGCGACAAGCGAUUCACCCGUCCCAGCUCGCUGCAGACGCACAUGUACAGCCACACUGGAGAGAAGCCCUUUGCAUGCGAAGUCGAGGGCUGCGGUCGUCACUUUUCCGUCGUGUCGAACCUGCGUCGCCACCGCAAGGUGCACCGUGGGGAGGCUCGCUCCGAGGCUGGCUCCGAGGAGCACCAAUCGGAUUAG